UGCAUAAGGAUAGCAAGGGAGAGGGUUGAGAAAGCUAAGCUUUGGGGUGAAACUUUAUAGAAAAUGAACAAGGGAAAGAUUUUUAAGUUGGCAAAGGGAUUUAGAGGCAUGGCGAAAAAUUGCAUAAGGAUAGCAAGGGAGAGGGUUGAGAAAGCCUUGCAGUAUUCCUACAGGGACAUACGUAACAAGAAGAGGGACAUGCGGUCCCUUUGGAUCGAGCGCAUCAAUGCUGAUACACGAUUGCAUGGGGUGAACUAUGGCAAUUUCAUGCGUGGAUUGAUGAAGGAGAACAUCCAGCUCAACCGGAAGGUGCUUUCAGAGCUUUCUAUGCAUGAGCCAUACAGCUUCAAGGCACUUGUUGAUGUGUCUAGCAGUGCGUUUCCAGGGAAUAGGCCGCCUGUUAAAAAAGAGGGUCUAGCAGCCAUCCUGUGAAAUAAUUUUUGUUCAGUGGCACACGACACUCAUGAUGGCCGUUGCAACUGAAAGUUACUACUAUUAUUGUCUUUUAGCUCAAAGAUGACUCAUGUAAUUUUCCCUUACCUAUAUUAAAUAUUUAUGUUAUUUGUGUACUCUCUGUAGCAGGAAAUGUCUAAUUGGAUAUUGUUCCUUUGGUCCC